GCGACGAGCGGCGCGUGACGACAGCCACCAUCAUCUCAUCAUCGCGAAGGAUCUUGAGACAUCGCGGCCGUCAAUCAACAGUCUUCGUCGGCUCUUCGGCCGCAAGCCGGUCCUGAGUCGGAGAGAAAAGAAGACGAAGAUGAAGCUGCUGCUCGUCACUCUGCUGGGGGUCAUGGUGGUGGUCUCCGUGGCCGUGGCCUCGCCUUUCCUCGACCCGGAGCUGUCGCCCGAGUGGGAGUCCUGGAAGGAGUUCCACGGCAAGACCUACGGCGAGGAGGAGGAGGGCUGGAGGAGGAUGAUUUGGGAGAAGAACCUCAAGAGGAUCUCCAUGCACAACCUGGAGCACUCCAUGGGCAAGCACACCUGGCGCAUGGGCAUGAACCAAUUCAGUGACAUGACAACUGAGGAGUUCCGACAGCUGAUGCUGGGCUUCAGAGGCUGGAACGGCACCGGCAAGGACUCCCACGGCUCCGUGUUCAUGGCACCCGCCGCCUUCUUUGAAGCCCCUGAGAGCGUGGACUGGAGGGAACAGGGCUACGUCACUGAUGUCAAAAACCAGGGCGACUGCGGCUCUUGCUGGGCGUUCAGCGCCACGGGCUCCCUCGAGGGGCAGCAAAAGCGCAAGACUGGAGUGCUCGUGUCGCUGAGCGAGCAGAACCUGGUGGACUGCUCGUGGCCCCAGGGCAACCAAGGCUGCGGGGGAGGAUUCAUGGACAAUGCGUUCCAGUACAUCGUGAGCAAUGGGGGCAUCGACUCGGAGGACUCGUACCCAUACGUGGCGCAGGACGAGCUGUGCAGCUACGACCCUGAGAGCAAUGCCGCCGAGGCCACCGGCUUCGUGGACGUCACCGAGGACGACGAGGAGGCCCUCAAGAACGCCGUGGCCUCCGUGGGUCCGGUGUCGGUCGCCAUCGACGCCAGCCUCAACUCCUUCCAGCUCUACCAUUCCGGCAUCUACAAGGACACGCUGUGCACGAACGAACUGAACCACGCCGUGCUGGUCGUGGGCUACGGCGCGGAUGAGCAGGGAGAGAAAUUCUGGAUCGUGAAGAACAGCUGGGGGAGUGGCUGGGGAGAGGGUGGCUACGUGCUCAUGGCUCGAGAUUUCAACAACCUCUGUGGAAUUGCCUCUGCGGCCAGCUACCCCCUGGUGUAACAACAACCGGCGGCGAUGUGACGACAACUCAGCCAGAAAACGAUUAUAACUCUCAUGAUGCACGCAUGGAGCCGUGUGUGACAGAGAGAGAGCCAGGGUCUAUUCACAGUACGUGGAAAACCCUGCUGCUGUUGCUGAGACUCCAUUGCACCAGAGUGCUGAACGGACACAUUUAGAUUCGUGAUUCAUUUCGUGACCCCCAAACUUAGGGCGCCAGGGUGGUAAUGCAGUGAUAACACCGGCGCCUCACCGCAAGAAGGGCCCGGGUUCGAUUCCUGACUCGGGCACUUUUCUGCGUGGAGUUUGUAUGUUCUUAAUUACAAGCUUCGAAAUGAGAGAUAGAACUGAAUUGCACGUCGGAGUUGGGUGGAUAAAAGCCGGAAAGGCGAUUUGUUGGGGCCACUCAGAGGGAUAGGGAUAG